AUGCGAACGUCGAAGGUAUCUCGAGAAACUGCUCGAGUAGUCAAUGCUCUUUCAUCGCGAGGAUCCAAUGGCGAUGCGCCCAGACGUUCCCUACGCAACUUUGCACAUGGUGCAGACGUGAACUAUGCAGCGGACGAUGCCAGCUCGGAUCUAUCUUCGCUGCCCUCGAGUGCUUCUCCGUCAAGUGCUUCGCCAUCGCCGCCGCCUUCAGGUCGCAAACGUAAGCGCACAGUCAAAACCGAAGUGCUGUCUCCCAAUGCCUCGGCCGCCAAUCGCAACACCAACCUGCCAAAGAAGACAAAGCGACAACCUGCCAAACGCAUCAAGGGCGAACAUAGCCAUGUCGAGCCCCCGCCCAACUGGGAACAAGUGUACGGCAUUACUGCUGAGAUGCGCAAGAAGGUCCUCGCUCCAGUCGAUACCAUGGGAUGCGAGUCAUUAGCCGAGCGCAAUCGCUCCCCAAUCGACCGACGACUACAAACAUUGAUUGCUCUGAUGCUGAGCUCCCAAACAAAAGACACCGUCACCGCUGUCGCAAUGAAGACUCUGCAGGACAAUCUCGAAGGAGGCUUCAAUCUUGCUGCGCUGCUCACAGUCGAGCCAGAACGCCUCAACGAAUUAAUUGCAAAAGUUGGAUUCCACAACAACAAGACCAAAUACAUCAAGGCCACGGCAGAGAUUCUUCGAGACCGCUUCGAUGGUGACAUUCCCGAUACGAUAGAAGGGCUCGUGUCAUUGCCUGGUGUUGGGCCCAAGAUGGCUUACUUGACCAUGUCUGCCGCAUGGGGUCGCGAUGAGGGUAUUGGUGUCGAUGUGCAUGUCCACCGUAUCACCAACCUCUGGGGCUGGCACAAGACUCGCAAUCCGGAAGAGACUCGUGCAGAACUCGAAAGCUGGCUUCCGAAAGAGAAGUGGCAUGACAUCAACCAUCUGCUUGUCGGAUUCGGUCAAACCAUCUGCUUGCCUGUUGGUCGCAAGUGCAAUGAUUGUGUUCUGGCGACUGAGGGGUUGUGUCCGAGCGCUGUUGUGAAGAAGGAGGUUACGAAGAGGGUAAAGAAGGUCAAAGACGAGGAUGGAGUCAAAACAGAAGUUGACGCGGUUGUAAAGGAAGAGAAAGCUGACGAGGACGCUCCUCCGCUGGACGUUCCGCUCGCUGGUGCCGGCACUGUCCCAGAUAUAGAGGGUGCAGGCGCAGGCAUCAAGGAAGAGGAGCCAUGA